CUCCUGUUUUCACUCCCAUCCCCUCCCAUUAUCUGAUUAGACUCUUUAUUUGAUCUUAAUAGUCUCAAGGCUCAAGCUUCUUUACUAUCAGAAAUGGCGGUUCUGAAGGUCCACGGCAACCCCAUGUCCACAGCCGCCACGAGGGUGCUGGCGUGCCUCAUCGAGAAGGGACUCGAGUUCGAGUUUGUCAUGGUAGACAUGAGAUCCGGCGAACACAAGAAGGAGCCCUUCCUUUCCCUUAACCCAUUCGGUCAAGUCCCAGCCUUUGAGGAUGGAGACUUGAAGCUCUUCGAAUCGAGGGCGAUCACCCAGUACAUAGCUCACACUUAUGCGGACAAGGGGACUCCACUGGUGAUCCCCGGCAAGGAAAUGGCGAUAGUUUCCGUGUGGAUGGAAGUGGAGGCCCAGCAGUACGACCCGGCGGCAUCGAAGCUCCUGUGGGAGCUGGCCAUUAAGUCCUUCUUGGGGAUGCAGACCGACCCUGCGGUGGUGGAGGAGUACGAGCCCAAGCUCGCAAAGGUCCUGGACGUGUACGAGGCUCGCCUGUCUCAGUCCAAGUACAUUGGUGGGGACUGCUUCACCCUCGCUGACCUCCACCACCUCCCGACCCUCAACUACCUCAUGCGCACCCCGGUCAAGAAGCUCUUCGACGCAAGGCCGAAGGUCAGCGCCUGGGUGGCCGAUAUCUCUUCCCGACCUGCGUGGUGCAAGGUCCUCGAGAUGACGAACCCCAAGUGAGGAGGCACUGAACCAUUAGACUUGGAGAUUUUAAAUUCCUGCGGAUCUCUUAUAUAUGUAUUUUGUUGUUGAUGUGUGUCUUUUAAAGUGAGACGUUCAUGCUUCUGAGGAUGCUUUAGAACGUAAUGUAUUUGGAGAUGCUCUGCUUGUGUCUUCAAUCAUGAAAGUUGAGGGAAUUACUACCAAUAAAGCUAAGAGAGUAAAGUUUGAAAAAUUUCGUAUAUC